AUGUUUCAGACUAUGAAGAAAUUACCACUGUUUGUUAUUGUGUCCCUUCUGGUUGUAGAUAUUUUCUCAAAGGAAACAGUGAAUGAUAAGAAAGAUGAUGGUCAUGGUUCGAAAGAUAAACAGAAUGUGAAAUUGGGAACGAUCAUUGGAAUCGAUCUUGGUACUACAUACAGUUGUGUCGGCGUUUACAAAAAUGGACGAGUGGAAAUUAUUGCCAAUGAACAAGGUAAUCGGAUCACGCCGUCGUACGUGGCAUUCACUGGUGAUAGUGGUGAGCGUCUUAUUGGUGACGCAGCCAAAAAUCAGUUAACAACAAAUCCAGAAAAUACCGUUUUUGAUGUUAAGCGUCUGAUUGGCCGGGAGUAUAAGGAUCCGACUGUACAGCAAGAUAUUAAACAUUGGCCUUUCAAUGUUCUGGAUAAAGGCAAUAAACCGAAGGUAAGAGUGGCAGUUGGAGAAACCGAUAGAGUCUUCGCUCCUGAAGAGAUUUCAGCAAUGGUUUUAGGGAAAAUGAAGGAAAUUGCAGAAGCAUAUCUGGGAAAGGAAGUAAAGCAUGCAGUUAUCACGGUACCCGCUUACUUUAAUGAUGCACAACGUCAAGCCACCAAAGACGCAGGUACUAUUGCCGGUCUCAAUGUUGUUCGUAUUAUUAAUGAACCUACGGCUGCUGCUAUCGCUUACGGCUUGGAUAAGAAAGAAGGUGAACGCAAUAUUCUUGUUUUUGAUCUUGGCGGUGGUACUUUUGAUGUGUCGAUGUUGACGAUUGACAACGGUGUUUUCGAAGUGCUAGCUACCAAUGGUGAUACUCACUUGGGUGGUGAAGAUUUCGAUCAGCGAGUUAUGGAGCAUUUUAUUAAAGUAUUCAAGAAGAAGACUGGCAAGGACUUACGAAAAGAUACUCGUGCUGUGCAGAAAUUACGACGUGAAGUAGAAAAGGCUAAACGAGCACUGUCCACAAGCCACCAAACACGGCUGGAAAUUGAAUCGCUGUACGAUAAUGAAGAUUUCUCGGAAACACUAACGAGAGCUAAAUUUGAGGAAUUAAACAUGGAUUUGUUCCGUUCAACACUAAAACCAGUAGAGAAGGUUUUGGAAGAUUCCGAUCUCAAGAAAACUGAUGUCGACGAAAUUGUUCUUGUCGGUGGUUCUACUCGUAUUCCUAAAGUGCAGCAACUUCUUAAGGAAUUCUUUAAUGGAAAGGAGCCAUCUCGUGGUAUCAACCCAGAUGAAGCUGUAGCAUAUGGCGCAGCAGUCCAGGCCGGUGUUAUUUCGGGUGAAGAAAGCACUGGUGAUAUUGUACUUUUAGAUGUAAAUCCUUUGACUCUUGGAAUUGAAACAAUUGGUGGUGUGAUGACCAAACUUAUUCAGAGGAACACUGUUAUUCCAACUAAAAAGAGUCAGAUCUUCUCAACAGCAGCUGAUAAUCAGCCAACAGUCACCAUUCAGGUUUAUGAAGGAGAACGACCAAUGACAAAAGAUAAUCACAUCUUGGGCAAGUUUGAUUUAACGGGUAUCCCACCAGCACCACGAGGUGUACCGCAAAUCGAAGUUACGUUUGAAAUCGACGUUAAUGGCAUUCUGCAUGUCACUGCAGUAGAUAAAGGCACAGGGAAUAAGGAGCAAAUUACGAUUACAAAUGAUCAUAACCGAUUGUCACCAGAAGAUAUUGAAAGAAUGAUCAAUGAUGCAGAGAAAUUCGCCGAUGAAGACAAGAAGGUGAAGGAACAGGUAGAAGCAAGGAACGAAUUGGAAAGUUAUGCGUACUCAUUAAAGAACCAAAUUGGUGAUAAAGAGAAAUUGGGUGGCAAAUUGGAUGAAAAUGACAAGAAAACGAUUGAAACCGUCCUUGAUGAUGCGAUAUCAUGGCUUGAAAGCCACAGGGAUGCAUCUAUUGAGGAAUUGCAAGAGCAUAAAAAAGAAUUGGAAAACAAAGUACAACCGAUUAUUGGCAAAUUAUAUAAGGACCAUGGUGCACCGCCACCAGAAGGUGCCGCACCAGGCGAGGAUAAGGAUGAGCUUUAG